AUCAAGUGCUUUCUUGCAUCAGAAUAUACCCAACCACAUAUCCACCAAUGCUUAGAUCCGUCAUUGCCCAAAAGACUUCUGUCCGUUGUCUUGCUUCCUUUGCUUCCCCAGAAUCUGUCCUCCCAAAGAAAUAUGGUGGUCGUUACACUGUCACUUUAAUUCCAGGUGAUGGUGCCGGUAAGGAAAUUACUGAUUCCGUUCAAACUAUUUUCAAGGCUGAAAACGUCCCUAUUGAUUGGGAAAUCGUUGAAGUUAGUGGUGUUGAAAGUGAAUCCGGUCACCACCGUGUCGACGAAGCUGUUGAAUCCUUGAAGAGAAACAAGGUUGGGUUAAAGGGGAUCUUAUAUACUCCACCAGGUGGAUCCGGUAAGUCAUUGAACGUUGCCUUGAGAAAAGAAUUGGAUAUUUUCGCUUCUUUAGUUUUGAUUAAGAACAUUCCAGGUGUCAAGUCCAGAUUAGACGGUAUUGAUUUCGCUUUAGUCAGAGAAAACACCGAAGGUGAAUACUCUGGUUUAGAACAUCAAUCUUACCCAGGUGUUGUUGAAUCCUUAAAGAUCAUGACCAGAUUCAAGUCUGAAAGAAUUGCCAAGUUUGCUUUCGACUUUGCUAAGAAGAACAACCGUAAAUUGGUCACUGCUAUCCACAAGGCUAACAUUAUGAAGUUAGGUGAUGGUUUAUUCAGACAAACCGUUAAGGAUGUUGGUCAAGAUUACUCUGGUAUUGAAGUUAACGAUUUGAUUGUUGACAAUGCCUCUAUGCAAGCUGUUGCCAAGCCACAACAAUUCGAUGUCUUGGUUACUCCAAACUUGUACGGUUCUAUCUUAUCUAACAUUGGUGCUGCUUUAAUCGGUGGUCCAGGUUUAGUUCCAGGUGCUAACUUCGGUAGAGAAUACGCUGUUUUCGAACCAGGUUGUCGUCACGUUGGUUUAAGUAUCAAGGGUAAGAACUCUGCUAACCCAACUGCCAUGAUCUUGUCUGCUGCUAUGAUGUUGAGACACUUGGGUUUGAAUGAACAAGCCAACAGAAUCUCCAAGGCUACUUACGAUGUCAUUGCUGAAGGUGAAAUCAGAACCGCUGAUAUUGGUGGUACUGCUACUACUACUGAAUUCACUGAUGCCAUUGUUGCAAAAUUGGCUUCUGCUUAAAUUUAAAAAGACUAUAAAGAAAUAUUUUAUAGGAAACAAAUGAUGAUGAUGUUGAAGUAUAAUAAAGUACUUUUUUUUCAUGUUUUAUACUUUUUUUUAUAUACUUUGUAGUUGAUAUACACAAAGAAUAAACCAUUC